CCCAGGGAGCUCUCUCUGACAAUGAUGAAGACGGAAGGCAAAGGGGAAAGGACUUUAAGAAGUGCUUCUCCACACAGAAACGCAUAUAAAUCUGAUUUCCAUGCUAUCAAAUGCUCUUUUGAUGGAGUAAACAAUCCUGAAAACACUUCCAACAGAACAGGCCUUCAGCAGAAGCUGAGCACCUCGUCCAAUGGAGGGGGAAAUGAUUCACACAGUCGAGGCAGAGCUGCCACUUAUGGCAAUAGAGUGCACAAGAUCAAAAAUAUGUUUCUGCAGAUGGGAGGCACCUCCUCAACACCCUCGUGUGAAAGCAGUCCCCCUGCUGAGACCAAAUUAAUCAGCCGGGCCCCACCAGCAGAUCAUGGACCUUCUUCAGGUAGCCCAUCUUUCCUUAUUGUCCAAAAAAACAAUCUUCUUAAUACAAGUACUAGCCCCUGCGGCAGUCCUGUGGAUUCACUGUCUGUGCCUUCUACUGCUGACAAGAUCAUCCGUAGCAAUGAUGAGGCAGAUCUGGACAAAGUUGCUCUGGCAGAAAAAUUUUCUGAGACCAGGAAACUUUUUGAGAGAAAUAUAAAACAGCGAAGCUCAGUGGACAGAUAUUCUCCCAACAAAUGUGAAAGAAGCGAGGACAAGAGGAGACGUGGUUCAGCCUCUCCUGAUUGCAGCAGCAGCGCCGCGGACCAUUUCAGUUUUAAUACAGAAGUGAGUCUUCCAGUUGCCCUGGAGAGAGUUGAAAAUCAAGGCAGUGAGGAACUGAAGCAGCAACAUGCUAGCAGUGGCCCCAAAUCCUCCUUCCUGAAUGCAGGACCUAUUUCUAGGAGACUGGAAAGCUUUCUGGGUGACAGUGAUACUGAAGAAUCCAAAGAAACUUCCAAAAAUGAUAGUACUUCAAAUCAAGAUCAUGUGAGAGGCCACUGCAGUUUGGAUUCAUCUGCUGCUGCUGAAAGAUCUUCAGAGAGGACGGCAUCCUCCAAAGUGUGUGUGAUCAUCGGCAAUGAACCAAGCAAGGCACUUGGAAAAGACAAGAGAGAGCAAGCACUCCUCGAGAGAAGUGGGCAGGACAUGAGCAGUGGACCUGCUCAGGAGGCUAAGUGGAGACCAGGUGGUGAUCUCUACCAGAUUUCCCCUACAGAGGGGACUUGUACAAAGCUGGUGGUGCAAGACGAAAGCUCAGGGUACAAAAAAGAGAGUUUGGAGAAAGAUCAUGUUGUUCUAGAGGAUCAGUCACUCAAACAUCAAGCAGAGGAAGAGAAAGGGAGUGCCUAUUCCUUGGAGGUAUCAGAAGAGCGUAGAGAACACAGUGAGACCAAUCAGGAAGAAAUAGGAGAUGGGAUGUCUGUGAAAGAUGGUCAAGUUACAAAAGUUCAAGAUGUUCAAGAGUGGGAAGAGGGUACUGAAGGAGAAGAGGAGCGAGUUCUGGAAAAUCAGAGAGAGAACUUCAGUGCUUUUGGAAUAGAGAAUGAGGCUUUUGAUGAAGAUAGGAAUACAGAGCCAGAAAGCCAAGGGCCUGAAGGUAAAGACAUUUUGGAGGGAGAGGAGGAGUAUACGUAUGAUAGUGAAUAUGAGGAGUUCCCUGGACUUUCUGAAGAAGAAGAUCCUGAGCCAGACCGAAAAGUCAAGUUCUCAACAGCUCCUAUUAAGGUUUUCAGUACCUAUUCAAAUGAAGACUAUGAUAGACGUAAUGAAGAAGUUGAUCCUGUGGCAGCCUCAGCUGAGUAUGAGCUUGAGAAAAGGGUGGAAAAAAUGGAAGUGUUUCCUGUAGAAAUAGAAAAAGGUGACAGUGGUCUGGGCAUCAGUAUUAUUGGAAUGGGAGUUGGCGCAGACCAGGGACUAGAAAAACUAGGUAUUUUUGUAAAAACAAUAACAGAUGGUGGAGCUGCUCAGCGAGAUGGGCGAAUUCAAGUCAAUGAUCAAAUUGUUGAGGUUGAUGGUAUAAGUCUAGUGGGAGUUACUCAGUUCUUCGCAGCCACGGUACUAAAAAACACUAAAGGCACAGUAAGGUUUCUGAUUGGAAGAGAGAAACCAGGGACUCAGAGUGAAGUAGCCCGUCUCAUUAGUGAGACUUUAGAGCAAGAGAGAUGUCUAUAUGAGCAACACUAUGCUCCUGAUGAUACAGAGCAGGAUGAUGACUAUGAUGAUGAUGAAGAUGCAUUUGAGUCACAUUUGCAUGGAAAAUCUGUAGAAGUUUUCGAUCUUCCUGAAAAUGAAGAUAUCAAUUUACCAUUGGAUAUGGAUUCGGCACAGUUUCUUCUUAAAUUUAAAGAGCUACAAUUAAAGCAUGCAGUAACAACAGCUGAAGUUAAUCAACUGAAGGAGAAGUUAAAAGUUGUUGAAUCAGAAAAAAAUGAAUGGGAAUCAAGUCGAGCGCAACUUCAGCAAAACAUAGAAGAAAACAAAGAGAAAAUUAAGAAGUUGGAAACCUACUGGUUAGAGGCACAGAGUUUAUGUAAAACAGUAAAUGAGCAUCUUAAAGAAACCCAGGAGCAGUGUGAUUCCCUUGAAAAAAAGUACUGCAAGGCCAAAAAACUGCUCAAAGAUUACCAGCAAAAAGAAGUAGAAUUUAUGAAAAAAGAGGAGGAUCAUUCAAGGAUGCUUGAAGAGAGAGACCAGAAAUAUGCGGAACAGCUGAAAAUGUAUCAGGAAAAAAUUUCGGAGCUUGAAAACAAACUAAAAAUAUAUGAAAAAGUGCCGUAUAUGUUUGGAAGUGGCAGUGAAUUGGCAGAUGCCUGUCAAAACACAGGCCAACUGAAUGACUCCUCAAAGAUAAGAGAAGAACAAGAAACAAAUGCAGUAGAGGAAAGGUUAGAUUCCACAGAUAUGUUAAUUUCUGAUUUUGAUGCUUUUGUUGGAGAUAUUCCCAGAUUAGACACCAGUGCCCACAAAGCAAAAGCUCAGCUUGCUUUGAAAGUCAAACGCCAGCCACCGUCUCGAUCAAAGCUGAAGGAGACUCUUGGGGCUGGACAACAGAUUUUAAACUUACAGGAUGAGGAUUCAGAAGAUACUGUUCACAACAGAGAGCCUUCUGCCAUGUACCUAGGCAAGACCUUAGAGAUAACUGAAAAGUUAACUCUCUCCCGGGUGGAUGACCUAGAUCAAAAGAGUGAAAAGCCCGAGCCAGCAGAAAGCACAGAAAGUCCUUUAGAGUCAAGCCCUUCUGCUUCCACCCAGUCGUCCCCAGUACACAAAGCAAACAACGGAAGUGGCACAAGCAGCACACAGUCACCUCCUUCAGAAGAGAUUGUCCCAAGUUCUCCUCAAGGCUUUCCCGUGAAUGUUAAGCAAAGAGAAGCAAAGGGGAAAGGAAAAGAGGCCAAGGCAGAAGAUAAGAAAAAUGAAGACAAGACUAUGGAAACAAAUGAAGGAACUUCAUCAGGGAAGUCUAAAAGGCGAUUUCCAGAUUUUGGAGGAUUACGGAAAUCUGGGGGCAAGGGCAAGAAACAAGAAAAAGAAAAUCUCAGAGGUUCUCUGGAUAGCAGAGGUUCCAGAGAACUGUUAGAUGACUCUGGCAACAAUUUAUCUGCAUCCGAUUCGGAUUCUCCUGUACCCACCUGCAUGCCUUUUUCUUGGUUUGGAGACAGUCACAAAGAGCCACAUGUGUCUAGUAGCAGCCUGCAUUUUACUCAAAGUGGGCAGGACAGCAUAUUUGAACAGGGUCAAGAGAAGAACAAAAGCAAGAGUAGAAUUGUCAUAGAUGAUACAUACCAUAGCAAGCCAAGUUGUGAACUUUCAGGGUUAGUGACAGAACCAAACCUGUCAGGUCGUUCACACACUUUAACCUUCUCUUCAAAUGAGGCAUUAGAUGAUGAAUUUGCAACAACGGGAAAACAAAAUCAAUGGCACAGUAGACCUAUUUCUGAAUGGACAACCCAGCAAGUAUGCCACUGGUUAAUGGGAAUGAACAUGGAGCAGUAUAUUGCAGAGUUCACAGCCAUGAACAUAGAUGGACAGCAGUUGAUGCAGCUUGAUAGUGAUAAGUUAAAGGCUUUAGGAGUUUCCAGUCAAAAUGACCGAUCAACAAUAAAGAAAAAAAUUAAGGAUAUUAAAAAGACACAAGAAAAACUGGAAAAACAGAAGGAAAAAGUUCAAAAGAAGGAGCGAGAAGUUCGGAAGAGUGGCAGAGUGGUAGCCACGCUUGAAUCAAGCUGCUAAAACGAGGCUGUUUUUUCUCUUAGCACAGGCUUGCUUCAUCUUGAAGUUCAUCAUUUUUGUAUAUAAUUGUACAAUUGAGGGAGGAGGGAAAGUGCAGCAGUCUAACAUGGUAGGGUUUGGG